GUUUAACAGCAGCAGCGCUGGCUUUCUAAAGAAAGCUUAGCUCUCACUUUUCUGUCUGUCUUAUUACCGCUCUCAUUGUCUCUUGCGACAGCGGGAACGGAGCAGCCACAUACUCUCCUCCUCACCAUUUAUUCACUUGGGGCCUGUAUUUGGAAUAAGAAAGCAUUGCUGUUUCUGACUGGAGAGAAGGAAGAUAAAACUCAUCUGGAUUUCCUAAGGAAUUUUAUCUGGAUGCUUUGUUACCGAGGCUUUUGAAUUCAUCAGCCGGGGUACAUAAUGUGACCAUCCGUUCCACAAUAGGGAAAUUCCCGAGGAGUUCUGAUUCUUUCAUUCCUUCCGGUCCGAGGCGGCAUUGCUAUCAACUGUUCCAAACAGGUGGGGGCAUUGGGGGUAUUGGUCAGACAGGUGUUGUUGGUGAGAGCGAAGCUUGGGCAUCAGGCAGAAUGUUGGCAUCUGCAUGAGUGGAACAGAGGAGCCUCAGUUCUGGUUCUCUUUCCUGAGACGACAACCACAGGAUGAGGCUUGAGAGGAGGUCUCAGGAGAGAGAAUGUUCCAUGACUUUCACACCUUCAACCUCAAGCUCUUGAAUCAUUGGGACAGUUGCUUGGGUGCUGAAAGGCUGUGAAUAUCCUGCAUCUGAGAAGUCAGACCAGACUGACUCACAGAGCUCUGUGAGCCAGCACCACUGAGGCUGCCAAAGCAUGCUGGUGCCAAGCUGUCCCAUGAUGCACAUAGCUAGACCCGCACUGCUCGUCCUGGGUCUGCUCCUCCUUCUCGCCGACGCCGAAACACCACCAAAGUUUUUGAGAACCCCCAAUGACCAAACGGGCGUGCAAGGAGGCGUGGCAUCAUUCAUCUGCCAAGCAACGGGAGACCCACGCCCCAAGAUAGUUUGGAACAAGAAGGGGAAGAAAGUCAGCAACCAGAGAUUUGAGGUGAUUGAUUUCGAUGACGGCUCUGGCUCAGUGUUGAGAAUUCAGCCCUUGCGUACGCCCCGAGACGAAGCCAUAUACGAGUGUGUUGCCUCCAACACUGUUGGAGAGCUGAGUGCUACUACGAGACUCACUGUUUUACGUGAGGACCAACUGCCCCCUGGUUUCCCCACCAUUGACAUGGGUCCCCAGUUGAAAGUGGUAGAGCGAACUCGUACGGCCACCAUGCUCUGUGCCGCCAGCGGCAACCCUGACCCAGACAUCUCCUGGUUCAAAGAUUUCCUACCCGUCAACACCACCAACAACAAUGGACGUAUCAAGCAGCUCAGAUCAGAAUCCUUUGGUGGUACACCAAUAAGAGGCGCCCUCCAGAUUGAGCAGAGCGAAGAGUCCGACCAGGGGAAGUACGAGUGCGUCGCCACCAACAACGAUGGAACCCGUUAUUCUGCCCCCGCCAAUCUAUAUGUCAGAGAGCUGCGAGAAGUGCGACGGGUGCCCCCACGGUUCUCCAUCCCGCCUACGGACAAUGAGAUCAUGCCUGGAGGCAGCGUCAACAUCACCUGUGUGGCUGUGGGCUCCCCCAUGCCCUACGUCAAAUGGAUGCUGGGAGCCGAAGACCUGACGCCCGAGGACGACAUGCCCAUAGGGCGAAACGUUUUGGAACUCACUGACGUCCGCCAGUCUAACAACUAUACCUGCGUAGCCAUGUCCACUCUCGGGGUUAUUGAGGCGGUGGCGCAGAUCACGGUGAAAGCAUUGCCCAAGCCGCCCGGCAUUCCCUUGGUGACGGAGCGCACGGCCACCAGCAUCACGCUGACAUGGGACUCAGGCAACCCUGAGCCAGUCUCCUACUACAUCAUCCAGCACAAGUCCAAGAUCUCAGAGGACACAUACAAGGAGAUCGACGGCGUGGCCACCACUCGAUACAGCGUGGGCGGCCUCAGUCCCUACUCGGACUACGAGUUCCGAGUGGUGGCGGUAAACAACAUCGGGCGUGGGCCGCCCAGCGAUGGCAUCGAAGCCAAGACGGCCGAGCAGGCACCUAGCACGGCGCCCAGGCAGGUCAGGGGUCGUAUGCUCAGUGCCACCACAGCCAUCAUCCACUGGGACGAACCAGAGGAGGCCAAUGGGCAGAUUAUGGGCUACCGUGUGUACUACACCAUGGACUCUGCCCAGCACGUCAACUUGUGGGAGAAGCAGAUAGUGCGUGGGUCAAACUUCCUCACUAUUCAAGGCCUCAUCCCUAACAAGACCUAUUACAUUAAGGUCCUGGCCUACACGUCGGUGGGCGAUGGACCUCUGUCUGCAGAUCUCCAGAUCAUUGCCAAGACGGGGGUCCCCUCUCAACCGACCGACUUCAAAGGGGAAGCCAAAUCCGAAACAAGUAUACUACUAUCGUGGAUAGCCCCUGCACAGACCGGACAAGACAAUCAAAUCAUGGGAUAUGAACUUCUGUACAAGAAGGGGGACGACAAGGAGGAGAAACGAAUCAGCUUUGAACCAACCACCACAUACCUGCUGAAGGACUUGAAACCCUUCACUACUUAUACUUUCCAGCUAGCCGCGCGCAGUAAGCAUGGUAUCGGAGCCUACACCAACGAGAUCUCUGCAGAAACCCCUCAAACACAGCCCUCAGCCCCACCUCAGGAUGUGAAGUGCUCUAGCCCCAGCUCCACCAAUAUCCUGGUAAGUUGGCGGCCGCCCCCUACGGAGUUACAGAAUGGGAUCAUAACCAAGUAUGCCAUCCAAUACGCUGCCACUGAAGGGGAGGACACCACCAUCCGACAAAUAUCCGACAUCCCUCCCGAAAGCGCCCAGUACCUCUUGGAAAACAUGGAAAAAUGGACCGAAUACCGUGUGACAGUGACUGCUCACACAGAUGUCGGUGAAGGACCUGAAAGUUUACCACAACUUAUUCGCACCGAGGAGGAUGUUCCCAGCGGCCCACCUCGUAAAGUCGAGGUGGAGGCUGUCAACUCCACAUCAAUUAAAGUGAUCUGGCGCUCGCCGAUGCCCACCAAGCAGCACGGGCAGAUUCGAGGGUACCAGGUGCACUAUGUCAGGAUGGUUAAUGGGGAACCCAUGGGACAGCCAGGCAUCAAGGACAUCUUGAUCGAGGAUGCGCAGUGGGAAUAUGAUGACUCAACUGAACAUGAAAUGGUCAUCUCAGAGCUGCAGGCUGAGAGCACGUACUCGGUUGCCAUGGCAGCCUACACGACAAAGGGAGACGGCGCUCGCAGCAAGCCCAAGCUGAUCACCACCACUGGCGCAGUACCUGAAAAACCACGACUCAUGGUCAGCCCUACCAACAUGGGCACUGCCCUCCUCCAGUGGCACCCUCCAACGUUAACCCACGGCCCCCUGCAAGGCUACCGCCUUCGCUUUGGCCGCAAAGAUGUCGACCCCCUGACCAUCAUCGAGUUCCCUGAGCGCGAGAACCACUACACCACCAAAGAGAUCCACAAGGGGGCAUCAUACACAUUCCGCUUGUCUGCCCGCAACAAGGUGGGCUUUGGCGAGGAGACAGUAAAAGAGAUCAACACUCCUGAAGAUGUGCCUAGUGGCUUCCCACAAAGCAUUGCGGCCGAGGGCGGCACUACCACCACCAUUCAGGUGAAUUGGAAUCCCCUGUUACUGGCGGAGCGCAACGGCGUUAUCGUGAAGUAUGCCCUGCAGUACAAGGACAUCAAUAGCCCUCGGAGUCCCUCAGAACUCUUCAUCACCGCCCCAGAGUCCACCGUCACCCUGGACGGCCUCAAGGCUGACACCACUUACGAUAUCAAAAUGUGUGCCUUCACCAGCAAGGGCUCCGGCCCCUAUAGUCCCAGUGUCCAGUUCAGGACACAGCCCUUGGAUCAAGCAGUGUUUGCAAAAAACUUUCAUGUGAAAGCUGCCAUGAAGACAUCUGUGCUCCUCACCUGGGAGAUCCCAGACAACUAUAACGCAGCUCAGCCUUUUACAAUCCUCUAUGACAAUGGCCAGAGCGUGGAGGUGGAUGGCAAGCUCACUCAGAAGCUUAUCACGGGUCUACAGGCUGGGACGCAGUACUCCUUCCUGCUGACCAACCGGGGCAACAGCGCCGGCGGUCUCCAGCACCGCGUCUCCACCAUGACCGCCCCGGACAUCCUGCGCACCAAGCCCUACCUGAUUGGCAAGACCAACUUGGAUGGCAUGGUCUCUGUGGAGCUGCCCUCAGUCCAGACUUCAGAGAAAGUCAGGGGAUACUACAUAGUGGUGGUGCCUCUGAAGAAACAGCGCACAGGAAAAUAUCUCAAACCCUGGGACAGUCCAGAUGAAAUGAAUCUAGAAGAGCUGCUCAAAGAGAUUAACCGAACAAGCAGAGGCCUUCGCUUCCGGAGGCAAGCUGAGCCCAAAGCCUACAUCGCUGCCUACUUCAAAGACCUUCCUACCGAGUUCACUCUGGGAGACACCAAGAUCUAUGGGGACUUUGAAAACAAGCAGCUCGCCAACGGCCAAGAGUACAUCUUCUUUGUGCUUGCUGUCCUCGAGAUCUCUGAAAAUACCAUGUAUGCCACCAGCCCCUACUCCGACCCUGUCGUGUCAGCUGACCUUGACCCCCAGCCAAUCAUUGACGAGGAGGAGGGACUUAUCUGGGUGGUGGGCCCAGUGCUCGCUGUGGUCUUCAUCAUCUGCAUCGUCAUCGCCAUCCUCCUGUACAAGAGCAGCAAACCAGACAGCAUUACAUCACAGCCAAAUGUACUCACUGGCCGGGAAAGCACUAUACUGUACCGGAAAAGGGCAGAAUCCGAAGCUAGAAAAGGAAGUCUGCCCAACAGCAAGGAGAUUCCGUCUCAUAACCCCACCGACCCUGUGGAGCUUCGACGCAUGAACUUCCAAACGCCUGGUUCAGGUGACCCCGGUUACCCCAGUAACCUCCAUUUGUCAAGCAUGGCCAGCCACCCACCGAUCCCCAUCCUGGACCUAGCUGAUCAUCUGGAGCGUUUGAAAGCCAACGACAACCUAAAGUUUUCGCAGGAAUACGAGUCCAUCGAUCCCGGGCAGCAGUUCACGUGGGAACACUCCAACCUGGAAGUCAACAAACCAAAGAACAGAUAUGCUAACGUGAUAGCAUACGACCACUCCAGAGUCCUGCUAUCGGCUAUUGACGGUAUCCCUGGAAGUGAUUACAUCAAUUCCAACUACAUCGACGGCUAUAGGAAGCAGAAUGCAUACAUCGCCACGCAGGGCUCGCUGCCAGAGACGUUUGGUGACUUCUGGAGGAUGAUCUGGGAACAGCGGAGUGCCAACAUCGUCAUGAUGACCAAGCUGGAGGAGAGGUCCAGGGUGAAAUGUGACCAGUACUGGCCCACUAGAGGGACGGAGACCUACGGCCUCAUCCAGGUGACGCUGUUGGACACGGUUGAGCUGGCCACAUACUGUGUCAGGACAUUUGCACUUUAUAAAAAUGGUUCCAGUGAGAAGAGAGAGGUGAGGCAGUUCCAGUUCACUGCCUGGCCUGACCACGGUGUACCCGAGCACCCCACUCCAUUCUUGGCCUUCCUCAGACGGGUCAAAGCCUGUAACCCCCCAGAUGCAGGGCCCAUGGUGGUACACUGCAGUGCCGGGGUCGGGCGCACGGGCUGCUUCAUCGUAAUCGACGCCAUGAUGGAGCGCAUCAAGCAUGAGAAGACGGUGGACAUCUACGGCCACGUGACGCUGAUGCGCGCCCAGCGGAACUACAUGGUGCAGACGGAGGACCAGUACGUGUUCAUCCACGACGCGCUUCAGGAGGCCGUCACCUGCGGCACCACCGAAGUGCCUGCCCGAAACCUCUACGCCUACAUCCAGAAGCUGACCGGGAUCGAGGGUGGAGAGAACGUCUCAGGCAUGGAGCUGGAGUUCAAGCGUUUAGCCAACACUAAAGCCCAUACGUCGCGAUUCAUCAGUGCCAAUCUCCCCUGCAACAAGUUCAAGAACCGCCUUGUGAACAUAAUGCCAUACGAGUCCACACGAGUGUGUCUUCAGCCAAUCCGAGGGGUGGAGGGCUCCGACUACAUCAAUGCCAGUUUCAUUGAUGGAUACAGGCAACAGAAAGCCUAUAUUGCCACACAAGGUCCUCUAGCAGAGACCACGGAGGACUUCUGGAGGAUGCUCUGGGAACACAACUCCACAAUCGUGGUCAUGCUAACGAAGCUCAGAGAAAUGGGCAGGGAAAAAUGCCACCAGUAUUGGCCAGCAGAGAGGUCGGCCAGAUACCAGUACUUUGUGGUGGACCCCAUGGCUGAGUACAACAUGCCCCAGUACAUCCUGAGAGAGUUCAAAGUGACUGACGCCAGGGACGGACAGUCUCGGACGGUCAGGCAGUUUCAGUUUACAGACUGGCCCGAGCAAGGAGUGCCAAAAUCGGGAGAGGGCUUCAUCGAUUUUAUCGGCCAAGUGCAUAAAACAAAAGAACAGUUUGGUCAAGAUGGGCCUAUCUCAGUCCAUUGUAGUGCGGGCGUGGGUAGGACCGGAGUCUUCAUCACCCUCAGCAUCGUAUUAGAGCGGAUGAGGUACGAGGGCGUGGUGGAUAUUUUCCAGACGGUGAAAAUGCUCCGGACACAGAGACCGGCCAUGGUGCAGACAGAGGAUCAAUACCAGUUCUGUUACAGAGCUGGCUUGGAAUACCUUGGGAGCUUUGACCACUAUGCUACGUAAGAGUCCCUGUCCCGGAGGAAAAGCAGAAGGCCCUUGGACAACCCCAGCGAGCCUCUCUUCUGAGCCAUAAUUUCCUGUUUGAGAAAGUACUUCUUAACUCCUAGCUAAAGACUCAAUUAAGUGUUGGAUGUGAGACACAAAAAUGUCAAAAAAUGUAUAAAGAUGAUUCCUGGAGGACCAAGUGUUUCCCAAAACCCAUGGAACUCACCCUGGCGUGGGAAAGAGAGAGGGAAUCCUGACUGUUGAAGCAUCUUAUGGAAUAUUUUUUAUUCUUCUGUUGCUUCAAGGAUUCGUCUUGGGUUCAAAUAACUGAAAGAAACAUAAACAAAAAAAUAACAGAAGGUACUAUUACAUCGACAAGUAAUGCAUCAUAUUACAAACCAUAGGAGAGGCAAAUGGAGGCACAGAGAAUGGCUUAAAACUCAAUGCACAUUGUAAAGAGACAUUUCUGUUCCACAAUCAAACUACGCAGAGACAACUACCCAUCAAAAAAGAAGACACCAGUGCUUGGUCCAAUAUGAAAAACAGGACACAGCUAAAGUAAUAAUUAAUAAUAUACCCAGUUUCCUGUCACAACAUUCAUCAUUUAAACAAUUGGGGGGUAGUGGGAAUGUUUAAAGAUAUAUGAAACAAAUAAAAACCUAUUGAUUUCAUUUUUUACUAUACAGCUGAGAUGUGCUUAAUUUUGAACCAUGUGAAAUUUGAUUUCCUUUUUUUAACAAAACAAUCACUCGACAAAGUGAAUCAAACAAAGUACUUGCGUAAUCGUUCAUUUUUUUCCUUACGAGUUGUAUUUUUGAAAGCUGUAGAACUUUUCUAAUGUAUGCACCAUCAUGCAGAGAAAGUCUUCGCUCUUUCCGGUUUUCUUGCAAAUUUUUCUUUAUGAUUGUUUCUCGCACUUUGUGCAGUCCUGUAUUCACACUACCAAAUGUUGACUUUGUUACAGGGUUUUUAGUUUCGUUUUUUAGUUUUGUCUUAUUUGUCCAUGAUCACAUACACAAUAACCUACUUACACCCAUGUAAUAAACUGGGGCUUUGUGGAAUCAACAGGGAUGAGCAAAGUAUGAAGUUGCUGCUACCGAUUAUCUUAGUUCUUCCAUGUUAGAAUGAUGGUAAAAGAUGAGCACCUGAUGGAUAAAAUACAUGAAAUGAUAUAUACAUAUUUAUGUUAUAUAAGAUGACAGAUAUAUACAUUAUAUAUGAUUAAUACAUUUGCAUAACCUAUAACAUAUGUAUAUUGAAAUAAAGUAUAUCAUUUAUGGCUAUAUAUGAAAGGAAAGGAUUGUAUAUGAAAGCUUAUACAAUGAGAUUUCUAUACUUUGGGGGAAAUUAAGAUAUUUUUCACUGGAAUGCACAUCAGUAGGACAAAAACGCAUUCUGAUUCAGUGCAUAUUUUCUUGUGCAAUAAAUAGGUGUAUUAUAGAUAGGGUUCAUGUGGAUACUUUGUUAGACAUCAUGACAAUGUUGUUCCCGUGGUGAGGCUUGUUGGGAACGUCACGUAUCACCAGUGUAUAUAGAUACGCUCAGACAGUCUGUAGUUCCAUAGCAGAGCAGGGGGUCCCUUAGACUAAGUCAUUGCUCCAUACAAUAGGGCAAGGUACAUAGAUGUAACUUUCAUCUUGAGGUUUUCAAACGCUCAAUGGCAUAACAUGUUUUCAUUUAGCAUUUAGAGUGCCUUAUAUUUAUACCUGUUUUUUAUAACGUUCAUUUAACACAUUAUUGUAUUCUUUGAGAAGUCCGUGCAUAUAGAACAUAUAACAAACUGUAUAUUACAUUUUUACCUUAAGUAUUCAUUUGUCACAUAAUAUGAAAUUAUAUAUGCAAAUACGUACAUGGCAAGGCCCUAUUUUCAUUUUCUGUUGCCUUAAUGUGGCUUAGUAAAAAUAAUAAAACAUCGAAGACUCCCAUGUCGUUCACUGA